CAUAAGACACCUCCCCUCCUUCCGUUUUAACUGUGGAUGUUGUUGAUUAUGUACCUUAUACGUUUUUGGGGGAUUUAUCACUACAAAGCUGUUUCUUCGUGCCGUUUACUCUUAAGACAUGUAUGUCUGCAAUCUCGUCGUAUUUCUGUGCUGUGCGGUGUUAACUGUAGGACUGACAGAAGGCAGGCUCCGGCGCACGAGACGCGGCGCCUGUGAGUACGGGACUUACCAGCACGAGGGAAACACCUGCUGUCUUUGUCCCACAGGUUACCAGGUCAUUAAAGACUGCACCGAUAAAAAUGAAACAAAUUGUGAGAGGUGUAAGGAUGGCACCUAUAUGGAUCACCCGAACAGUGAAUACAAAUGCCAGCCUUGUAAAGUCUGUGAUUCCAAUGCAAACAUGGACACGAAGGAGAGAUGUUCACCAUAUUACAACACUGUCUGCUGGUGCAAAGAAAAUUUUUACUGUGACAAGCGUGACGAGUGCAAGGCCUGUUAUUCCUGUGACAUGUGUGAGGAACUUGGAGUGAAACAACAAUGCACAAAAACCAACAACACUGUGUGCCAUGAUGCCAAAGAGCCUGUACAUCCACAAUCCACAAGCACAGGGACCAUUGUAGCCUUUGUGGUGUUGCUCAUACUUUUGGCUGGUGUUGGUGCAGUGGUGUUCUGGCUAUGGAGAAAACACAAGCUUUGUUUUAAGGAAAAACAGAGCGUACUGAAUCAUGAGGAAGACCUUCCCCUGAAAGAUUUAGACCUGAACCCUCACCUAUCAGAAAUUGCUGAUGUUCUGGGCUGGAAAACAAUGAAACGUGUUGCCCACCACAGUGGGAUAAGCAAAACUGGUAUUGAGGAACAUGAGCUUAAUCACCGUAACGAUGUGAAAGAACAGACCUUCGCACUUCUGCAAGCUUGGUCCCAGAGACAAGGUUUACAUGGAGCCUACCCAGCUCUCAUCAAAACUCUUCGUCACAUGAACGAAAGAAGAAAAGCAGAUGAGAUCCAGAAAAUUAUUGAGAAAGAAGCAAUAGCUCUGCCAUAGACUGAAUGAGUUGUGAACUAAAAAAUGCACAACAUUAAAUGAUAACAUUGUCUUGAUAUUAGAUAUUCAUAUUUCAUAUAGUUUUUUUCUACAGUUUGAAAAUACCAGUAGCAGGAUUUGAAUUUCUUUACUUGUCUAAAUGAUGUUGAUCAGUCAAAACAAAGAUUCUAGAUAUGAAUGGUUUGCUGUAGAUUUGGUCAUUGACAGCUAGCAGCAUAAUAACCAAAAAUAGGUCAUUUUAGACUGAUCUGUAAACAAAGUCAAACAAUUCAAGUCAUUCACAAUCACUUUUAUUUUGGUGUCAAUUGUCAUUUUCUCUCAGUAUACCUCCACUCAGAAUUUAUUUAGUAAUUUCAUUUUUAUUUUAUUUGUUUAAUUAAACUGUUAGUGCUCAGCUACUUCACUUGAAAUCAUGAUGUUUCAAGUAAUUUGCUGAGUAUAUCUUCUGUACAAAAUAAUAUUUUGUACAAAUGUGGCAAAUUGUCAUAUUCAGAGCCACAAUGGCCCAAACUCAACCAAUUUCCUUCAAAUUCUCCCAGUUAGUCAAGCAUAUAAGGGCAAAAUCAUUUAGCAAUUUCACAAAUGUAGUGUUUUUACAGCUUUCUGAUAAGACUAUCAUAGAUUUGUUCACUGCCAGCUGGCAGAAUGAUAACCAAAAAUAGGUCAUUUUAGACUGAUAUAAAAACAAUAUAAAUCAAUCAGUGUCAUUCAGUCUUAUUUAAGUGUCAAAUUUUUCUCUCCGUAUAUUUUUCUCUCCACCCUGACUUUUACUUGUAAUUUAACAUUGUUUUUAAUGACUUAAAAUGGUAUCCUGUUUAUCAUAAGCAGGUUUUCAGAAUGAAUUGUAUCAUUGUUAACAAUGUCAUCUGUAAGUGCUGUCACUUUACUUGAAACAAUAAAAGAUGAUUUUUCAAAUAAUUGCA